UUUAUUUUUAUUUUGGUACCAAUUGAAUAAGUGGUCUAGAAAAAGAUCGAGUUCCGGUAUUUUUAGAUAGAAUCACUAUAGCGUAUUGAAUAAUUGACCAUCAAGAAGGAUAUAAAAGGUCAUUUAUACACAGAUAUAGAGAGCCAUUUCAUAAUUCAUAUUCGCCGAUAACAUUAGGUACCUGCUAUUAGAAUUUAGAACGUCGCGAAAUGGUGCUGAAGUUUUGGGUGCUUUUGGGUUUAGUCGGUCUGAAAAGUCAGUUGAAGAUGGAAAAAAAUCCAGCCAAAACCAGUUGGGCUCAUGGUGUAAAUGAUAGAGCAUUCUUGAAAAGUUCUCUCAUGGGUGAUGUAGACAUGUUGGAAGCUGACAUUGUAAUGGGCAGGUUGACAGAUGGAAAAGAGAACGAAUUACCCAUUAUGGCGCAUCCACCCAAACAGAUUUCAGACCUUUCCCUGAUGGAGUUCCUAACCGUUGUCGAUGAUUUCAACAGGGAUAAUGCCUUCAAAAAGGGCAUUAAGUUGGAUUUCAAGUCCAUCGAUGCCUUCGAAGCUGCUAUACGCAGUGAAAUUUUCAUAAAUAUCACUUCUGAGGCUGACUAUCCUGUCUGGUUGAAUGCAGACAUCCUAGAAGGCCCAAAUGCCCCGUCUUACACUAAGCCAGUUGAUGCAGCUCGUUUUCUAAAAGGGAGCAAACUGAUCCCAAACGCCAUGCUGUCUUUGGGCUGGACAACUGGCUUCAACAACACCCACAAUUCUGGUUACACUUUUCCUCAAAUAGAAGAGAUGUUGUACACUAUCAAACAGAACGAAGUGAACCAGCCCAUCACAUUCGCCGUACGAGCAGGUCUUGUUGCGGAAUCCCAAGACCAAAUGACUCUUCUACUCAGAAAUAACAAUCAUACUCUCACCAUUUGGUCUGGCGUACAAGAUGAUGGUUUCGAUGUGGGCAAAUUGAACGAGAUACUGGAUAAGGUGGAAAAAGGAAGGAUUUACGUUGAUGUUCCUCAAAAAUUGAGAAGUCGAUUGAAUAUAGUAAACGGGACAAAUAAUAUCAAGUUAUAGUUAAAGGUUGAGCGAUACGCCAUCGAGUUGCCUUUGUUAUAAGAAAGGAUCAUUUUAUAGCCAAUGAAUUACUUGCUUCAUUUGAGGUCUAGGGGUACCUCUGGAAUAGAAACAUCGUGUGGUUCCAAAGUUUUAUAAUACUCCCAAAUUGAAAAAGAAAAAGUUCAAAAUAAUGAAGGGAAAUUGAAUUCUUUGAAAGAAUUGGCUGAAUAUUUCAUGCUAUAAACUGAUUCACAUUAUACAUAGAAUCGCUAUUGUACAAAAUGUCCCUAAUAUCACUAUGGUUCCUACCAGCUUUAUAGGUGGAUUCUCUGGAAAAAUUUGUUCAAUAAUCUUUCAGAUUGAAAAUGUUAUUGUAUAGGUAUAAACUUAAGUGAAAAUGUAGUUAUAAUUUCGUUGUAAUGAAAUGAAAUAUUUUCAAGUAA